AUGGGCGAGCAUAAUCUCCUGAAUCCUGGGUUUGUGGGGCCGCUGGUGAACAUCCACACUGGAGACACCUUCUAUUUCCCCAACUUCCGCACGUCCGGGGCGCAGCUGCCCGGGCUGCCUUCGCUGUCCUACCCGCGCCGCGACAACGUGUGCUCGCUGCCCUGGCCGUCGGCGGAGCCUUGCAAUGGCUACCCGCAGCCCUAUCUCGGCAGCCCAGUGUCGCUCAACCCGCCCUUUGGCCGCACGUGCGAGCUGGCGCGCGUGGAGGACAGCAAGAGUUACUAUCGCGAGCCGUGCGCUGAGGGCUCGGGAGGGGGCCUGAAACGUGAGGAGCGCGGGCGCGAUCCGGUCCCGGGGGCCGGGCCUGGGACAGCACUGCUGCCGCUCGAGCCGUCGGGGCCGCCUACGCUUGGCUUCAAGUACGACUACGCGGCGGGCGGCGGCGGUGGCGACGGCGGCGCGGGACCCCCGCACAAUCCGCCGUCGUGUCAGUCGCUGGAAUCCGACUCUAGUUCGUCCCUGCUCAACGAGGGUAACAAGGGCGCCGGUGGCGGCGACUCCGGGAGCUUGGUGUCGCCACUGAACCCCGGCGGCGGGCUCUCGGCCAGCGGCGCGCCCUGGUACCCUAUCCACAGUCGAUCACGGAAGAAGCGCAAGCCCUAUUCGAAGUUGCAGCUGGCAGAGCUGGAGGGCGAGUUUCUGGUGAACGAGUUCAUCACACGCCAGCGCCGGAGAGAACUCUCGGACCGCUUGAAUCUUAGUGACCAGCAGGUCAAGAUCUGGUUUCAGAACCGUAGAAUGAAAAAGAAAAGACUUCUGUUGAGGGAGCAAGCCCUGUCUUUCUUUUAG